AUGCUCUCCAAGCUGUGGGGUGAGAAGGAGAUGCGCAUUCUCAUCCUGGGGCUGGACAACGCGGGCAAGACGACCAUCCUGUAUCGGAUGCACUGCGGAGAGGUGGUGACCACCAUCCCCACUAUCGGCUUCAAUGUGGAGGAGGUUACAUACAAGAACGUCACGUUCUCGGUCUGGGAUCUGGGCGGGCAGGCUUCGAUCCGGCCGUACUGGCGGUGCUACUUUGGCGAGGCCACCUCCGCGCUCAUCUACGUGGUAGACUCGUCGGAUCGCGAGCGCAUCGGCAUCUCAGCAGAGGAGCUAACGGCCAUGUUUGAAGAAGAAGACCUCAACGGUGUUCCGCUGGUUGUCUUUGCCAACAAGCAGGAUGUCGACGGCGCACUCACGCCGGCCGAGGUGACCGAGGCGCUCGGCCUUGCCCGUAUCCGCGACCGCCAAUGGCAGAUCUUCAAGACCUCAGCCAUCGAGGGCGUGGGCAUUGAUGAGGGGCUCGACUGGCUUGUCCACGCACUCAAGUCCAAAUGA